AUGCGCCCUACACCUCCCUGCUACGGCCUCGCCAUACGCCUAGCUUUGGCCAUCGCCGAAAUUUCCCAGGCCGUGCUGGCCGACACAUCUCAAGUCCAAGCCAUCGCCGUCGAGGGCACAUCCUUCGCGCUCAACGGCGCCGGCGUGUCGUACCGGUUCCAUGUGGACAACACGACGGGCGACCUGAUCGGCGACCAUUUUGGCGGCCUCGUCCCUGAGAACGGGCUGACGCAGCCCAUCGACCCCAUCCAGGGCUGGGUGACGCUCGUCGGCCGGCAGCGGCGCGAGUUCCCGGACCUCGGCCGCGGUGACUUCCGCACGCCCGCAUUCCAGAUCCAGCAAGCUUCGGGCGGCACGACCGUCAGCGAUCUGCGGUACCAGUCGCACGAGGCACAGCGCGGCAAGCCGGCGUUGCGGGGCUUGCCGGCCACGUUUGGCGGCGACGACGACGUGUCGACGCUUGUGGUGCACAUGUAUGACAGCUACAGCGCCAUCGCCGUGGAUCUCAUGUAUAGUGUCUUCCCGGAGCAUGAUGCCAUCGUGCGCAGCGUCAACGUCACCAACAAGGGCAACGGCACUGUUACGCUGAGCAAACUCUCGAGCUUCAGCGUUGACCUGCCGUAUGGCGACUACGACAUGGUUCAUCUGAACGGCGACUGGUACCGUGAGGCUCACAAGGUGCGACGCCGCGUCGAGUACGGCUCGCAGGGAUUUGCCAGCAACGCGGGCUACUCGUCAGCCCAGCAUAAUCCCUUCAUGUCCCUCGUUGACCCCAGUACCACCGAGUCGCAGGGCGAGGCCUGGGGCUUCUCGCUCGUCUACACUGGCUCGCACGCGUUCGAGGUCGAACGCGGCUCUGAGGGCCUGACACGCGCCGUGAUCGGCGUCAACCCGCUGUCCUUUGGCUGGCCUCUCGGCCCCGGCGAGACCUUCACCUCUCCCGAGGUCGUCGCUGUCUACUCGGACCAGGGACUGGGCGGCAUGUCGCGCAAGUUCCACCGCCUGUACCGCAAGCACCUGAUGAAGAGCAAGUUCGCGACGGAGACGCGGCCGGCGCUGCUCAACAGCUGGGAGGGCCUGUACUUUGACUACAACGAGACGACUAUCGCGAGGCUGGCGCGGCAGACGGCUGAGUUGGGAGUGCGCAUGUUUGUGCUCGAUGACGGCUGGUUCGGCGACAAGUACCCCCGCGUGUCGGACAAUGCCGGGCUGGGUGACUGGGUGCCGAACCCUGCGCGGUUCCCUUCGGGCUUUAACACGCUCAUCAACACCAUCACGCGCCUCAAGUCGGGCAACUCGUCGCAGGAGCUCAAGUUUGGCUUGUGGUUCGAGCCGGAGAUGGUCAAUCCCAACUCGACGCUGUACGUCGACCACCCGGACUGGGCUCUGAACGCGGACGACUACCCUCGCACGUUGACGCGCAACGAGCUGGUGCUGAAUCUGGCGCUGCCCCAGGUGCAGGACUAUAUUGUCGAUGCCGUGACCAAGAUUCUCAAGAGCGGCCCCAUCAGCUAUGUCAAGUGGGAUAACAACCGCGGCAUCCACGAGACACCCCAUUCGUACACGAACCACCAGUACAUGCUCGGCGUCUACCAAGUGUAUGACAGGCUGACGACUGCGUUUCCGGACAUCAUCUGGGAGGGAUGCGCUUCAGGCGGCGCUCGCUUCGACCCGGGCAUCCUGCAGUACUUCCCUCAGGUAUGGACCUCGGACGACACCGACGCUGUGGAGCGCAUCACCAUCCAGACGGGGACCUCCCUGGUGUACCCGCCGUCGGCCAUGGCGGCGCACGUCGCCGCCGUGCCCAACGGCCUCACGAAGCGCACGACGCCGCUGAGCUUCCGCGCGCACGUGGCCAUGAUGGCCGGCUCGUUCGGGUUCGAGCUGGACCCGGCGCACCUGGCGGAGGCGGACCGCGCGGCGAUCCCGGACCUCGUGGUGCUGCAGGAGAGCAUCAACCCGGUCGUGGUGCGCGGCGACAUGUGGCGGCUCAACCUGCCGGACGAGUCCAACUGGCCGGCGACCCUGUUCAUCGCCGAGGACGGUGGGCGCGCGGUGCUCUUCUACUUUCAGAUCAAGGCGCACUUCAACAACCUGUUCCCGAUGGUGAAGCUGCAGGGCUUGGAUCCGCAGGCGAGCUACCGGGUGGACGGCAGCAUGACGAUGUCGGGGGCGACGCUGAUGCGGUUCGGCCUGCAGUAUACGUUUGAGGGAGACUACCAGAGUCGGGUGGUAAUACUGGAGAAGCAAUAG